CUGGGCUGAAACCUUUCUUUGUCCAAGUCCAGCCUCUUCUUCCUGUGAUGUCAUAUUACAAAUCUAGCACGGCUUUCUUUUUCUCUUCAGAGAAAGCCCAUCUCACAAUACAGCUGGUAACCGAGGAAAAGGCCUCGAUUCAGCAAGAGCUAACACGCUUAGGAAUUUAUUUCGGAACCUUUGAAAGACUCCUCUGCUUACCACCAUCUGGGAUCCACUGCAGGAAUACGGAAGAGGAAAACUUCAUUUAGAAGGAGCAAGAAGUAAACGAGACCGAACUGGGAAUGUUUAAGUCUCUGAAACUUUGCGUUGAAAAGCAAAAUAAGAUUGCUAACUUUAGCUUAAACAUUCUGGAGCAUAAAGAAACUUUCAUUUUGGAAUAUUCAUCUUAACAACUGAAACAGAAGUUUACCAGACGAGUAGUUUUCUUCCAUCUCAGAACACAGCUUUUAUUUAAAAUUUAUAAUCCAAUGGGUUGGCUUCACUGACUGCGUUUUUUAAACAUAGCCCUGGAAUCACGGAUUUUCUGGAGAUUUGAAAAUGAAAAUAUUUUCUUAUUGAAGAACCAAGUGGAAACUUUACAGCAACAAAUUUCAUGUCUCUUUUGGAGGAAAAAGAAAUAUCUAUAAAAUCACGCAAAGAUCCAAAGGAUUUGCAAAUACAUUGGAGGUUAUAAAGGGGUCACAAUCUGAAUACCAAAGGAGACUGCAGCUGACCAAAGGACUUCAACACUGUAAACUGGACGUGCCUUUAUAAUGGUAAGCAAUAACAGCUCCCACUGCGUCUAUGAUGACUCCUUUAAGUACACUUUGUACGGGUGCAUGUUUAGUAUGGUGUUUGUGCUUGGGUUAAUAUCCAACUGUGUUGCCAUAUACAUUUUCAUCUGCACUCUCAAAGUGCGAAAUGAAACAACAACAUAUAUGAUUAACUUGGCAAUGUCAGACUUGCUUUUCGUUUUUACUUUACCCUUCAGGAUAUUUUACUUUGCAACACGGAAUUGGCCAUUUGGAGAUUUACUUUGUAAAAUUUCAGUGAUGCUGUUUUAUACCAACAUGUACGGAAGCAUUCUGUUCUUAACCUGUAUUAGUGCCGACCGAUUUCUGGCAAUCGUCUACCCGUUUAAGUCAAAGACUCUAAGAACCAAACGAAAUGCAAAAAUCGUUUGCAUUGCUGUAUGGUUAACUGUGAUGGGAGGAAGUGCACCAGCAGUUUUUUUUCAGUCUACCCACUCUCAGGGUAACAAUACCUCAGAAGCCUGCUUUGAAAAUUUCCCAGAAGCCACAUGGAAAACAUAUCUCUCAAGGAUUGUAAUUUUCAUCGAAAUAGUGGGAUUUUUUAUUCCUCUAAUUUUAAACGUAACUUGUUCUAGUAUGGUGCUAAGAACUUUAAAUAAACCUCUUACAUUAAGUAGAAGCAAAAUAAACAAAACUAAGGUUUUAAGAAUGAUUUUUGUACAUUUGGUCAUAUUCUGUUUCUGUUUCGUGCCUUACAACAUCAACCUUAUUUUAUAUUCUCUUAUGAGAACACAGACGUUUGUUAAUUGCUCAGCAGCAACAGCGGUAAGGACCAUGUACCCAAUCACUCUCUGCAUUGCUGUUUUAAACUGUUGCUUUGACCCUAUAGUUUACUACUUCACGUCAGACACGAUUCAGAAUUCAAUAAAAAUGAAAAACUGGUCUACCAGGAGAAGCGACUCCAGAUUCUCUGAAGUUCAAGGCACAGAGAACUUUAUUCAACAUAACCUACAGACCUUAAAAAAUAAGAUAUUUGACAACGAAUCUACAAUAUAAGCUGCCUUAAAUAAAACCACCGGGACUUCACUGGGACAGAACCUCCAAGUUCCUUCAACUGUGAAAAGUGUUUUCUUGGACAACUAUUUCUCCACCUCUGAAAGAAAAUAAACAUGUGGACAUUUUAAAGUUUUUAGUUUUAAAAAAAUGUAUUCGAUGUGUUAAGCAUUAAAAUGUAUUCUACUCUUGUAUAUACUCCA